UUCCCAUCUUGCCUAUUGUCUUGAAGACGCGGGUGUCUGUGCCGGAUGAGAGCCUACAGCAAUGGAUGUCAAUCAUGCUUGCUGCUUUUGGGGGUGGUAUAUUCUUUGGGUCUCCUAUCUUCGGGUACUUCGCAGACAGAAGUUCAUCGCGCCAACUACCCUUUAUGAUCGGCUUAUUCGCUCUCGGUGGAACAACCGUAGUGUUCUGGUUCGCCAGCUCGGUGGCAUCGCUGGUGAUCGCGCGGGCUUUGCAGGGGUUGUCUGCUGCUGUGGUGUGGACCGUCGGCAUGGCGCUUGUUGUGGACACGGUGGGCAAGGAUCAGGUCGGGGCGGCGAUGGGAUAUGUCUCUAUGGCUUUGACGGUUGGGACUGUAUUCGGGCCGUUUAUUGGUGGUGUCAUGCUCUCCCGGCUCGGGUACCAUUCGGUAUUCCUGUUGGCAAUUGCUCUGAUCGCGGUAGACAUCGUGCUCCGACUGGUCAUGAUCGAGCAAAAGACCGCCGUGAAGUGGCUUCCAUCCACGGCGGCGGCGGAGGAGGAGUCGCGUGGACUGCUGGGUGAGAGCACUGGGUACGGCGCGCUCAUUGAGCACGACGGCAGUACAAGCUCGCUAGCACCCCCGGGUGACAUGCUCCUCGAGUCGUCGGCUGAAGAUGGCAGUGAGCCGGACUCGUGCGGCAAAGCGUCGUCAGUGCCCGGGAUUGUUCGCUUGAUAUGUUCGGGCAAGUUGAUGGUCGUCCUGGUGGCGACUGUUGUCGAUGCCAUCUUGUACUCUUCUUUCGACACGGUGCUUCCACUCUACGUCAUGAAGACAUUCGACUGGGGCCCGAUGGGAAUAGGCUUAUGCUUCCUACCGCUGUUCGCGCCAUCCUUCGCUUCUCCUUGGAUCGGCGACGCCGUCGACCGCCUCGGGGCCCUACAGGUCGCCUUUUUCGGCUUCUUGCUCGACUGUCCUACCUUCCUGCUUUUCCAGUUCGUGACGGAGAACACAGUCCAGCACCAAUUUCUGUUGGUGGUCUUUCUUCUGCUGGCUGGAGCCGCAUCAACCCUACAGAUGGUCGCGCUGAUGGUGGAGGUGGGCCGGGUCACAGAGCGAUAUGAGCAGGACUAUCCGGGCAUAUUCGGCCAGCAGGGAGGGACUGCGCGGGCAUAUGGAUUAUUCAAUGUCGCGUGGUCUGGGGGCCAGGUGCUCGGGCCUCUGAUGGCGGGUCUUUUGGUUGACCAGGCUGGCUGGGCGACUAUGGUGUCGACGUUUGGAGUUAUGAGUGGAGGAAUUGCGGUGGUGAUUGCGCUGUCGAACCGGAAGGUGAUGGAAGGGGUGGUGGGAGAGAGCAAAAGCUGAGGAGGAGGUUCGAUCAGACAUACAUAUUGGUUUAUUAGUGGAUUAGGGCCAUCGUCAUGUCAGAAUGCGAUGUCCUACUUAUUCAGGGACGCUGCCAUAUUGCCAGUGAUUGAGAGUGUUGUGUUGUGUCACUGCGGAUUGGUCUGUGCAGUGAUAUAUACUAGCCUUGGGUUGAGAGAGUAUGACGAGACAUGAUGCAUGUGAAUGAAGCGCUGCACAAGGUUUUCUUCAGAGCCCAUCUUCUACAAAUCAAGAGCCAUUAUUAG